CACAUGAAAAUAUUGUGGCGCGAGGUACAAAUUUGGCGCGGAAAUGCUUGAACGAAUUAUGCUCAAAUUUUCAACAAAAUGAGCAAGAAAUCCGAAGAGGAAGCAUCAGAUGCAGUGUUAGCGUAUCUCACAAAACAAAACAGACCCUACAGCGCCGUUGAUAUCUUCUCAAAUCUGCACAAAGAGUACGGGAAAACGGCUGUGCAACGGAGUCUGGAAAAACUUGGUAGUAAAGGCAUUAUAACUGAGAAGAUAAAUGGAAAACAAAAAGUCUAUGCACCUAAGCAGGACCAGUUUGGAGAUUAUGAUGAAAAAGAAAUCAAGAAAAUUGAUGAGAACAUCAACAUGUCUACAGAAAAGUUAAAGAGGUUGCAAGAAACUUUGAAAACACAAGAGACAGAGCUGCGCAAUGUGAACAGUACAUUGACAACCAAGGAUGCAAAAGCUAGAUUAGAAGAACUGACAAAAAAGUGUGACAGAUACCAGGAACGAAUCAAGAACAUCAAGUCAGCUACAAAUCACGUCACACCAGCACAAAAAGAUAAGAUCUACAAAGAACACAAACAAUUUGUUCAGAUGUGGAGAAAAAGAAAACGAAUGGUAAGAAAGUUCUUUUCAUAUAAGAACAUCAGUUCAGUUCCUCUCAGGGCAUCCUAAUGGGUGAAUACUCAGGAAGCAAUACACCAUGGUUGUGUUGUGUUUGGAACUUGCCUUGCUCAUCAUGGGCAACCCAGUACAUGAGGAGGGGUAAAUGGGUGCAGAGAGCUAUGUAGUUGUGGACCUUGUCUUGCAUAGCGGACUUGUGAUUCUGCAAAGAAAUAUUUCUUACCUAGUGUAAUAAGCCUGCAGUGUGUUUAGAGGGCACAACACACAGAGAGUUGUCAUACACGUGUCUGUUUCCUUUUGUACACAAUACAUGCUAUUCUGCUAACCUAGUCCACGUUAGUCCAAUAAAUAUAAAUUUGAGUUUUAAACCACAAAACUUUACAAUGUCAUUGAAAAGGUUUUGAUUUGUAAACUCUGUAAAGACAUUGCAAUAAAUGGUUCCCAUGACCCCAAUCACAUGUAAUUAACAGUUGAAUUACGAUAAAUUUAAAAAAAGUGUGGUGAUAGUGUGUUUUGAUAAAAUUUUAUUCACUUUGUUUCCUAACAACAUUUUCUCUUAGGCCACUGAUAUUUUAAACGGCAUCCUUGAA